GGCGCUCUCCCCCUGCCCGGGCGCUCGCGGGCCGGCUCCGUGCUCCGGGGACGCCCGCUGUUCCCAGGCUGGAAAUAACCCCGCGGCUUGGGCGGGCUGCUGAGCGCCGGGCUCGCUCGCUCCUGCCUCGCCCGCCGCGGCGUCCCUGCUGCGCCGCUGUAAGUGGCCUUGGCCUGAGCCCCGCGAGCUGGGCUCUGUAGCGGGGUGGGCGGCUGCCCCCGUAAAGAGUUUGGGCCGGGGCUGGUUGUGUCACUGCCCGUGGGCGGGAGGGUGACCAGGCGGCCCUCCAGCGCCGAGGGCCAGCGAGCUGUGGGUGCUCCGGCGUGACUGUGUUCCCUGGGGCAGCCGCCGCCGCCGCCUGGCGGGUGGACCAGGGCGGAAAUCGUGGUGAGCAGCUGCACACACACAGACCCUCCCUGAGUGAUCCGUCGUCCGUCCACGAGGAGCCAAGGAUCUGCCCCGGAAAAGAGUCUCUUCCACAUGUAGACCUCUUCUGUGCAAAAGGAAGUGUCAGCUGCCCCUGCAGCACCAUCUCCCUCCAUCUUUGGACCUGAAGAGAGCUAUCUGAAGAUCUCUAGAUCCCCAUGAGGGGAGAGCAUGGACCAGGGCGGGGAACCAGGUCAGAGAUUCACCAAGCAAAUGUCCUUGAAGAUGGAUUCAACUCCAACUCCAAUAAACCCUGAAGUUACUUGCUGUUUGCUAAAUAUUAGCUUUUGUUCAGCCCUCCUGAUAUCUGAAAAAUAUUUCCUCAAAGACAGAUCUCUAUUUUACCACAGCUAUCUGCAGACGUUUCUCCAUGGCCUUUUUCUGGCAGGCAACAUGAAAAAAUGGCAACAAUCAAAGCAUUAACAGGAAGACUUUUUAGCUCUUCUUUCUCCCACUUCAUGUUUGUCAGGGAUGGCAUGCAACAACACUCCCAUAGACAGUGAUGUUGCUCUCAAUCAGAGUACCCCAUCCAUAGGCUCCAGUUACAUAGCUCAGCCUGCCCCAUUCAGGAUAUUGUUGGUAAUAAUAAUGGUAUUCAUGAUUGCCGUUGGAUUUUUUGGUAAUGCCAUUGUCUGCCUCAUUGUCUACCAGAAGGCAGCCAUGCGUUCAGCCAUCAACCUGCUGCUAGCAACUUUGGCCUUUUCUGACAUCAUGCUGUCUUUGCUCUGCAUGCCUUUUACUGCAGUUACAAUUAUUACAGUGAACUGGAACUUCGGAGCUCACUUCUGUAGGAUAUCAGCUAUGCUUUAUUGGUUAUUUGUCUUGGAAGGAGUCUCUAUACUCUUGAUCAUUAGUGUGGACCGUUUCUUAAUUAUUGUUCAGCGGCAAGACAAGCUGAACCCUCACCGUGCCAAAGUCCUCAUUGCCAUGUCUUGGGCACUGUCCUUCUGCAUUUCCUUUCCUUCAGUGAUUGGACGGACCUUUGUGGAAGUACCAGCCCGGGCUCCCCAGUGUGUUCUGGGGUACACUGAAUUUCCUGCUGACCGAGCUUAUGCCGUGAUGCUAGUUGUGGCAGUUUUCUUCAUGCCUUUCAGUGUCAUGCUGUAUUCUUACCUUUGCAUUCUAAAUACCGUGCGGCGCAAUGCCCUAAGGAUCCACAACCAUGCUGAGAGCCUUUGCUUGGGCCAGGUGAGCAAACUAAGCCUCAUGGGACUACAGAAGCCUCAGCAGAUGAAUGUGGACAUGAGCUUCAAAACCAGAGCCUUCACUACAAUUCUCAUUCUGUUCAUUGGCUUUUCACUCUGCUGGCUUCCACACACCGUGUUCAGCUUGCUCUCUGUGUUUAGCAGACAGUUCUACUACAGCCCUUCUUUCUACAUCACCAGCACCUACAUCUUGUGGCUGAGUUACCUCAAGUCAGUGUUUAACCCUGUCGUCUACUGCUGGAGAAUCAAGAAAUUCCGUGAGGCCUGCAUGGAGUUCAUGCCUAAAACAUUCAAGAUCCUUCCUAAAGUGCCUGGACGAACAAAGAGGAGAAUCCAGCCAAGUACAAUAUACAUCUGUAGUGAGACCCAGUCAGCUGUUUAGGAAGAAGCUGUGGGCCAGUGAGGGAAAAGUUAUGAAAGGACUGGUUAAAGUGGCAAUAGUUCAUUUCUACUAUUUACUUUCUGCAGUUGUCACAAAUCUUUAAAAGGAUGCUGUGCUCCAUUGUUCUGUGUGUUAAGAUUGUAUUUCUAACUUCCCCAAGCUUACAAAUAACUCAUUAGUACUGCUUCAAUUAAAACCACUUGGGGCAAUAAUGUUGCAAUACUUGGUGCCGUGUAAAAAUGUCACUUGUGACCAAAUAUAUAGUCACACACCAAUAGCUCUAGAAGCUGGUACUAGGUGGGGUGCAUAUGGCCACUAACACAUUUUUAUAUUGUGACAAUGACUAACAGUUGUGUAGCUUUUCAUUUUUUAAAAUAGCCAUAGCUGUCAUGUCCUGUGCAGCUCCCCAAGUGAGAUUUUUCAUGGAGGAGCUUUUUCUCACUGUGCUUGUCUUCUAUUACCUAAUUUGUUCAUCGACACUUGUAUACACUUUCCAUCAGAGAAUCUUAAUAUAACACAUACCUGUGAGAUGGCUCUUGCCUCCAUUUUACAGAUGAGAAACUGAGGCACAUAAAGGCGGUCUCGGGGGACACUGCCACUCUAUUGCAGACCAGAAACAGAGUGCUGAAGUCCUGGCUUCCAAUCUCAUGCAUUGACCUGUAGCCUAUCCUUCUUUUAUUUCUAUCUUCAGCAUUCUCUCCUCUCUUGGUUACAUACGUUCAUUUCCUUUUGUGUUCAUCGCUCUUGUUUGACCUAGUUCUUUCUCCCCCUGCAGAGGCCUUUGUUUUCCAGUUCUACCUUCCCAGCAUUUUCCUUGUCACUGCCCUCUGGUCCUGUCCUACUUCCCCAGUUUGUCAAGCUGUAUCCUGUAUCUCACCCCAAGAUUGGUCCUUCCACGCAUGCCAUGCGUGUUAUCUCUCCGUGAUCCUGUCCCUUGCGUAGGGAAUGUGGUGGUGGUACAUGUGCCUCUUGGCCCUAAACGGCAACAAGAGGUAGAUGCGCAAGAGAACCCAUAUGAAGCAUCCAGUGCUGGUUAGCUUUUCCUUCAUGCUGCCUGCUGCAAUAUGCUGCUCUGAGGGAUCGAGAGAGCAGCGAGAAAAAGGAAAAAGUCUGGACUCCCUCACAGUAGGAGGAGGAACAGCAAGGGAAACCUUUAGUCCACAUGACCCUGUUUAUGCAUAUCAGCUGUUAUGUAUGACAGUAACAGCUGGGGCAGAUGCAUGAUUGUCAUGCCAGCAGUGGCCUUUAAAUUGCUUAGACUUGGUGCACUCAAGUUAAUUUGCAAUAACCUGUUUUAUUAAAGAUUCAAAUGCACAAACUAAACUGCUCUAAAGCAGUCCCAUUCAGUGCUACCAGUCCAUGCAGUCAGACCAGCAUCGUCUCAUGAAUAAAAGCUGCUGAGAGAGCAAACAGGCUGUAUGGAAAACUGCCUAGUAUUCCUGUUUCUUACAACCUAAAGCCAGCUUCCCUCAUGUUAGGUACAUAACUAGGAUUGGCAGAUAUUUUUUUUUUUAAAUCCCAUUUUCCCCAUAGGGAGUUGUUCUGCCAUCAUCUUUUCCCCCCAAAAGAACAAUUUAAGACUUGGUACAAUAAUUCAAGAAAACAUCUGACAUUGAGGGAUCUAUUGAUCAGUGAUCAAACUUCAGUGGAAAACCAAAGAAUGGAAAACCUUGUGGUACAACCUUAGUUAUAGAAAGACUAUAAAGUUACUACUAACUAAAAUCGGUGAAGCAGCCAACCACAGGGUGUCUCAGCUCUAGUACAGAGGUGCCCCUUUCUGUAUCCCCUCUCGCGGGGAAGGUUGCAUCAGUACUGAGAAACAAUUAGAUAGUUACAAUAAAAUGGCUGCAAUGUCUGAUUUCAGGGAGGCUGUACAGUUUAAAAAAAAAAAAAAUUUCAAUUACCGUCCCGUUAGAAUGGAGGAUAUGUUUAAAAUCUAUACCUAAUUAAAACUAUAGGUUUGGAGAAAAGUAGAGUACUCCAAAUUAUCUGAACAUCAUUCUAACAUAGGGGUUAAUGUUAAAGUGUAAUAGCUGAUGGCCUGGAAAGCAAGUGUCAAAAAAUAUGAUUAACCUCACACUUUUUGCAAGAUAGCAUAGCCAGAGCUACUCUACAGUUGGAUGCAAAUGCAAUGCCCAAAAUUUGCAUGGCCAGACCAGCUCCAGCUGUCAAAAACAAGUUAAGGACCAAUGCUAAGGUCUUUUGGAGCCAGUGGCCUUUUCCAAAUGCACAUCAUAUAAGUAGCAAGCAAUGAUAUGAAAUAACAAUCACGUUGACCCUAUCACUGCAUAAUGAUGUGAUUGAGCAAACUGUAGAUUGAUAGCAUGUAUGAAUUUGGCUCACAGGACAAGGUAUUAAAGGUGACAUCCACAGCUUUGAGGACAUUUGGCUGACUGAUUUGAAAACACCAAGGCAUGCACGUACAUAAUGCAACUGCAGUUGCAGUUUCUUCCUGAAAAGUUACACGUCCUAUGAUUAGGAAGACAGAGCUACUUUCAUGUGUCUGUAACAGUCCCUCCUCCCUAGGUCUGUGGGGAUAGACAGAGGACUUUCAACAUCAAAGCAAAGACUGCCACCAUUUGAGCUAAAGCAGUGACUAGCAGAUGCCUGCUCUCUCAUGAGCAUCAAGAUAGGGACAUGUUACAGCUAAUGUCAUCCUAAAGACUAAACCUUUUUAAAGGGAUGCAUUGUGAUGAGGUUUCAGAGUAGCAGCCGUGUUAGUCUCUAUCCGCUGUUCCUCAGACGUUCUUGUCAACUGCUGGAAAUGGCCCACCUUGAUUAUCGCUACAAAAGGUUCCCUCUCCCCCCACCCCGCUCUCCUGCUGGUAAUAGCUCACCUUACCUAAUCACUCUCGUUACAGUGUAUAUGGUAACACCCAUUGUUUCAUGUUCUCUGUGUAUAUAAAUUUCCCCACUGUAUUUUCCACUGAAUGCAUCCGAUGAAGUGAGCUGUAGCUCAUGAAAGCUCAUGCUCAAAUAAAUUUGUUAGUCUCUAAGGUGCCACAAGUACUCCUUUUCUUAUUGUGAUGAGAGGCGUUUUUAGCAACCAGCUAGGUGUCCAAGCCACUGCCAAUAAUUGGGAUGGACUAUCAAUUAUUCUGCUUAUUGCAUUUAGCAGGCCUUUGCAGGAACUUAGCUUAACUAAGGCAAAGCUGGGAGGGAGGAGGCAGCAAUCACAUGGAAUGUGCCUGAGUCUAUGUCCUCUCUGAUGCAUCUGAAGAAGUGCUUUUUUUGCCCAUGAAAGCUUAUGCCCAAAUAACUCUGUUAGUCUUUAAGGUGCCACCGGACUCCUUGUUGUUUUUGUGGAUACAGACUAAAACGGCUACCCCCUGAUACUACGUCCUCUCUGAUAUGCUUGGGUAAGCAUCUGUGAAAAACAGGAAGGCUAUCUAUAUUUGACUUCUGAUGGGGGAGGGGGGGGUCAGACGGACAUGAGACUGCAGACUCUGCAAAAACACAUCUGUAAAACUAAUGGCUUAAAAAAUGCUUGCUUAAUGUUUUUUCUUUGAUUGACAUGUUGUUGGUGUAAUUGUAGCUGUUACUAACAUAAAUGGGGUAGACAGGUCUGAGGAAUUUGGAUUUGACCUUCUGGACAUCUCUUGGAAUCCCAGUGACAGGCGGAUAGCUGGCCACUUGGACCUUGUCAUUUGACCACUUGUGACCCCUCUAGGCCGUAGGUAACUAGUGUUUGCGGGUGCUGUAUAACUAAGGCUCUGAGUUUGUCACGGAAGUCAUGGAUUUUGUGACUUUCCAGGUCCUCUGUGACUUCUGCAGUGGCUGGUGCAGCUGGCCCCACUGAGCAGUCUUGAGCCACUAUGCCCUCUCCCCACAGCAACAGCAGGAGUUUGGGUGUGGGAGAGGCCUCAGAGCUGGGGCUGGAGCAUGGUGGGGGGUAAGGGCUCUGGGCGAUGCUUUCCUCGGGGGGAGGGGAGGGCUCCCUAGAAGCAGUGACAUCCCUCAGCUCCUAGGCGGAGGUGUGGCCAGGCUGAUCUCUGUGCUGCCUCCGCCUGCACGCACCACCCCCGCAACUCCCAUUGGCCAUGGUUCCCAGCCAGUGGAAGCUGUGGAGUUGGUGCUUGGGGCAGAGACAACACACACAGCUGCCUGGUCAUGCCUCCACCUAGGAACUGAGAGAUGUCGCCACUUCCUGGGAGGCACAGAGCCAGGUAGGGAACCUGCCAACCCUGGCAACUCCCCUCCCCGCCCAGCACCACUAGGGGUCCUG